AUGCCUUGGGUUCCUGAUCAGCGUAACUUCACCAAACAUAAUGCUCAACAUGGAAUACAAACUGACUCCCAAGGCAUGCCUUGGGUUCCUGAUCAGUGUGCACACCAAAAGCGGUUCAAUGCGGCUAUUCAACCAGGACUGACUCCCAAGGCAUGCCUUGGAACUGACUCCCAAGGCAUGCCUUGGGUUCCUGAUCAGUGUGCACACCAAAAGCGGUUCAAUGCGGCUAUUCAACCAGGACUGACUCCCAAGGCAUGCCUUGGGUUCCUGAUCAGCGUAACUUCACCAAACACAAUGCUCAACAUGGAAUACA